UGCUGAACUUGAGGAGAAGCAGAGGCAACUCAACCUCGAGCUGGAAUUGGCCGAGCAAAAUCUGAAGAAAGCUCAAGAUGAAGCUGCUGAGAAAAUGAAGUUGGCUCUGGAGAAGAAGGACUCGGACCUCGCCGCUGUGCAGAAGGAAGCCCAAGAUAAAAUUGCCCUUGCAGACCAGAAGCUGGCUUCAGCCGGAGCGCUGGAAGGGGAGGUGAACAAACUGAAGUCCUGCCUCAGUGAGUCCAACCGAGAAGUGAGUCGUCUGAAGAAGGACAAGAUUGUCCUGAAUGAAAAGCUGGAGUCUGCGGUCCACAAGAGGAAUGACACGGAAGCUUAUCUGAGAACUCUUGCCAAGAAGCUCUAUCUGAUGCUGGAAGGUACUCCUUUCAACCCGAAUGCGUUGAUGCUUGCAGAGGUUUGUAGGACAGUAGCAAAUUUCCCUCAAGUGGAUGGCCUAAGGUUUAUCAAUCCGUAGGAGGCGUAGGAUGAAGAUGGUCUCU